CCACCUCACCUAACCGUAGCAAUAGUUACCAGAAAGGAGACAAUUGAUGAAUUGCUUCAAAGCUCCUGCAGUGUCUGUUGAUAGGUUAAGUGAAGGGGAGAUAUCACUCUGAAAAACUAUUCAACUAUUGCAGAUAUUGGUCAAGAAUGAACACGAAGGAUCCUAAAGUGACAGAAGGGGGCCUUAAUGUUACACUCACCAUACGACUUCUCAUGCAUGGAAAGGAGGUUGGGAGCAUCAUUGGAAAGAAAGGCGAAACUGUUAAGAAGAUGAGGGAGGAGAGUGGUGCUCGAAUCAACAUCUCAGAAGGCUCCUGUCCCGAGAGAAUUGUGACAAUAACAGGCCCAACCGAUGCCAUUUUUAAGGCUUUUUCUAUGAUUGCACUAAAAUUCGAAGAAGAUAUCAAUGCUUCAAUGACAAACAGCACAGUGACGAGCAAGCCGCCGGUAACCCUGCGACUUGUUGUCCCUGCAAGCCAAUGUGGAUCCCUUAUAGGCAAAGGAGGAUCCAAAAUCAAAGAAAUCAGGGAGUCCACAGGGGCCCAAGUACAAGUUGCGGGGGAUAUGUUACCAAACUCCACAGAACGUGCCGUAACUAUAUCGGGUACUCCUGAUGCCAUUAUUCAGUGUGUAAAGCAAAUCUGCGUGGUUAUGCUAGAGUCUCCACCCAAAGGUGCAACCAUUCCUUACCGCCCCAAACCUGCCUCUGCACCUAUAAUUUUUGCAGGUGGCCAGGUAAGAGCAGACACCAUUUUGGCUUCAGCUGGAAACCACAGCGUCUUGGCCCAACCUCAGCCAGCACCUGCCUUCACCAUUCAGGGGCAGUAUGCGAUCCCUCAUCCAGAUUUGACCAAGCUUCACCAGUUGGCUAUGCAGCAUCCCCCCUUUACUCCCCUUGGGCAGACCACCCCUGGUUUCCCUGGACUGGAUGCCAGUACUCCAACCAGUUCCCAUGAGCUCACCAUUCCAAAUGAUCUAAUAGGGUGCAUUAUUGGCAGACAAGGCAGCAAGAUAAAUGAAAUCAGGCAGAUGUCAGGCGCUCAGAUCAAGAUUGCAAAUGCCACGGAAGGCUCAGCAGAACGACAAGUAACAAUCACAGGAUCGCCUGCAAACAUCAGCCUAGCACAGUACCUCAUUAAUGCAAGCUUAGAGAUGGCUAAAGUCAGCACCCAGACCGCUUCCGUCACGACCCCUGUUGACCUCAACAUGAACCUCUCUCAGUCUGCCACCCCUACCUCCACCCCCACCUCUGUGGCUGUCUUGGCGGCGGCAGCAGCUGCCUCCGUGGUUAACGUCAGUACCCCUCCCCCUUUACCAACUUUACCAACCACCCACUAUGCUGUUCCUGUCUCCAGUCUGCUUGGCAUGAAAACUGUCCCACUCUUGGCACUAAAUGCCGCGGGGCCCACGGGGAAUUUAUCCGCUUAUACUGCCAAAAUUCCAUCAACGACUGGGGUUAAGAAAUCUGACCGCCAGAAGUUUGCUCCAUAUUGA